AAUUUUUUUUUUUUUUUUUAAAUUUUAAAAAAUAAAAAAAAGAAAGCCCUUUUAUUUUUUAUUAAAUAAAAAUAUGUUGAAAUAAGGUCCAUAUUAAUUGAGGAAGGAAAGGGAGGAAAGGGGUAUAUAUAGGAAAAUCCGAAAUCUGAGAAUUGUUAGAUCUCAUUCCAUUCCAUUUCAGAUUUGAGUUACAAAAUUAAACCCAGAAUCAAAAAUGGGACUUUCGUUCGGCAAAUUGUUCAGCAAAUUGUUCGCCAAGAAAGAGAUGAGGAUUUUAAUGGUGGGUCUGGACGCAGCUGGUAAAACCACCAUUUUGUACAAGCUUAAAUUAGGGGAAAUUGUAACCACCAUUCCCACCAUUGGAUUUAAUGUGGAAACUGUUGAAUACAAGAACAUUAGCUUUACAGUUUGGGAUGUUGGGGGUCAAGACAAGAUUCGACCUUUGUGGAGACAUUAUUUUCAAAACACACAAGGACUUAUCUUUGUGGUUGAUAGUAAUGACCGUGAUCGUGCUGUUGAGGCUAGAGAUGAGUUACACAGGAUGUUGAAUGAGGAUGAAUUAAGGGAUGCUGUUCUGCUUGUGUUUGCUAACAAACAAGAUCUACCCAAUGCUAUGAAUGCUGCUGAAAUUACUGAUAAGCUUGGCCUUCAUUCUCUUAGACAACGCCACUGGUACAUUCAGAGCACAUGUGCCACUUCCGGGGAAGGGUUGUAUGAGGGUCUUGACUGGCUUUCCAACAACAUUGCUAACAAGGCUUAGAUGACUCUGGCAAUGGUCAUUUGUUAUACAGGUUUUUCAUGCCACAGAAGCUAUUGUUUUUUCCUUCUUCUUUUGUUUUACUCAUCAGAUGAUAUUCAAAGUUGUUUUGUUGUUACUUUGUAAUAAUUCUUCAUUCCAUUCUGUGUACCUUGACUAUUCUUAUUAUUAUUAUUACACUACUAUGGUUUUUUGAUUUGA